AUCGUAUAAAAACUGUGUUUGGGUAUUUUCAGGUGCACGUGUUGGAUCUGGAAACGAUCGGGUAGUGACAGCGAAGUUUAGACUGUUUAGAACGAUCGUGGACUGACAGUUGUGUGACAGCAUGGGAAAAAAGAAUAAAAAGGAAAAGAAGGGCAAGGGGAUCGAGAAGACUGCUCAGAAAACGCAGAAAAAGGCAGACAAACGAGCCAAGAAAGAGCUUGCUGAGAAGGGAGAGGAGGACAUCGAGAGUUUGAUUGCAGAGUUUCAGUCAAAGGAUAAGAAACUCACACAAGUCAUAGAAGAAAAAUGUGGUCCCCCUUCACCAAGAUGCAAUAUGUCACUGACGGCCCAUCCAGAGAAGGAUGAACUUAUCAUGUUUGGAGGGGAAUACUACACAGGGAAUAAGAUGUUUUUGUACAAUGACUUGUAUUUCUACAACAUCAGGAAGAAUGACUGGCACAAGGUGACAUCCCCCAAACAGCCCCCUCCUCGCAGCGCCCAUCAGGCUGUGAGUCUCCACCAGGGCGGGGGGCAGGUGUGGGUGUUCGGCGGGGAGUUCUCCAGCCACACGCAGUCCCAGUUCUACCACUAUAAAGACCUGUGGGUGCUGCAUCUCAAGAACAAGCACUGGGAAAUGAUCAACUCCCCAGGGGGUCCAACAUCUCGGAGCGGUCACAGAAUGGUUGCGGUCAAGAGGCAGCUGAUAGUGUUUGGUGGUUUCCAUGACAACACCAGAGAUUACAAGUACUACAACGAUGCCUAUGCCUUCAACAUGGAUACUUACACAUGGGCCAAGCUGGAAGUGUCGGGGACUGUCCCGUCCCCUCGAUCAGGUCAUGUGAUUGCUGCCGUUCCUGAACUCUCCAAGGUCAUUGUUUACGGAGGGUACAGCAAGGAGAAGGUCAAGCGAGAUGUGGACAGAGGGGUGACCCACGUGGACAUGUUCGCCCUGAUGCCGGAAGGGCGUAUCAAGGAUGGCUCUGUGCCAGUCAAGUGGCGGUGGACAACAGUCAAGCAGAGCGGAAAACACCCCAGCACCAGAUGUGGCCUGUCAUUGACUGUUGCCCCUGGUAACAGAGCUGUCUUGUUUGGAGGUGUUUUCGAUGAGGAUGAAAGUGAUGAACAAAUGAAGAGUGCCUUUUACAAUGAUAUGUACCUGCUGGAGGUGGAGAAGGGAAGAUGGCACAGCAUUGCACUCCGGGGGAAGAAGGAUGAGGGGGAGAAGAAGAAGCGCCGCAAGGAGAAGGGGGAGGAAGAUAUGGAGGGGGAGGAGGAGAUGGAGGUUGCAGAGGAAAGUCUGGAGAACUUGUCACUCAAGAAUGAAUCUGGGGACAAUGGUGCCGAGGCUUCAGAGACUACGUAUGAUGAUGGUAUAUUCAAAGUGACGAUCGGCCCACAAGGGGGCGCUGUUGAUGAAGAUGGGGAGCCCAUAGAGAGUGGAAUGGAUGUGGAUCUGUUCAAGCCCUCGCCGCGGAUGAAUCCUCUCAUGACUGUCAAGAACGGUGUGCUGUACAUGUACGGGGGAAUAUACGAGGACGGAGACAAACAGCUGACGCUAGCGGACUUCUACUCCUUGGACCUGAACAAGGUCGAUGAAUGGAAGGUCAUCAUUGCUGAGGACAAGAAAUUACAGGUGUGGGAGGACUCAGAUUCUUCCGAUGAUGAGGAUGAUGCGAAGAUGGAUGAGGCCUGUGGGGGAGAGGAUGAUGAUGAUGAUGAUGACGAUGAUGACGAUGAUGAUGAUGAUUCUGACAUGGAUAUAUGUUUCGAUGAUGCACCAGCGCUGACGGAGGGUGAGUCGGUUUCCGACUACUUUGAGCGGACGCGUGAGUACUGGAUGACCAAAGCCCAGGAGUUCAGUGAUGAGGAAGGCCUGGGAGUGAAGGGGAAGACACUGGUCAAACUGGCUAGAGACUUGUGUAAAAGUGCCUGCAGUAACAGAUGAGGGGAGGUAACUCCUGGACUACUCUGUUGGAGCCAAGCUUUGUGGGAACUUUUGUGAAGGACUGCACAGUGAACUUCAUGAAUCAGGCUUUGGCAAUGGGGUGCACUGACAUCUGAGUGGCAUGUGGCAUGUAUGGAUGAAUUUGUUUGAGGAAAUUGUUAUUUUGAAAUUGACAAUCUGUUAGAUUAGGGAAAAAAAGAACCAAAGACUGAUGGGUCAUUAAGGGUUCAAGAUAUGUGACAACAGAUCACAAGGUGACACUUUACUUGUGGGUAAAAUAUAUUUCAUGUAAGACGAAAGCGUGGAUAGGUUUUUAACACCACUUUUAGCAAUACUACAGCAGUGACACAGAGGAGGCCACCAGAAAUGUAGAUGAAAGGGAAAUCUAGAUUCAAGAUGGGUGAAAUAAGAGUCAUGGCAUGUGUUGUGACUCCAUCACCAGAGUGAUAAGGAUGUUGCAGAGUAAAGAGUGUUGGUUUGUUUGUUUGUUGUUUUACGCCGCACUCAGCAAUAUUCCAGCUAUAUGACGGCGGUAAAGAGUGUUGGUAACUGGCCUGUAUGAGAAGCCUUCUGUACAGCAUGCAACACACGUGUUUGGACAGGUAAAGGUUAUGCUACUGUUUAAGAUUUCUGUGUGUCUUCGUAAAUGUUGCUGUUGUUAUUGAAUGAGAAUGGGUGUAUUUAGCUUUUAAUCACACAUACUUUUGUGUUUAAGAAAAUCUUUACUUAGCAUGAUACGUUAUUGUGGAAACUCCAAAAUAUUGCCACUGUCACACCAUGUGUCCUCUUUGAUGCAAUAUGUGUAGAAUGGGGAAAAGAAGGUCAACCCAGGCCUGGCCAGAGAUCCUGGCUGAAAUCCUACCAAGCCUGGUGGAAGAUCCUGGCUGAAGUCUUCCUUGGCUUGGGUGAAUAUCCUGAGUGCUGGUAUUAUUGGUAUCUACCCCUUUACCCUAUGAAAUGUAUUGUGAAUUAUUUUUGUCCAUUUCAAUAAAUGUCUUUAUGCCGUC